AGUCACUGGAAUGUGCCGGAUAAUCGUCAUUUUCAAUCGGAAAAUCCUAUCGGCUAUACGCACUUCGGGUAUCCGUCACAAGCAAGUCAUCCCGGACAAGCUAGUUCUGCUCCUCGUCAGGCUCUUCUUCAGACUGCUGCAACUCAGACUCAGGCAUCAUCACGUACAGCUGCGCAGUUAGUGCACAAUCCUGAAACAUAUCCGCUUUCAUUUCAGGAAUAUGUGGCCAGGCAUCUCCCGAGAACUCAUAUCCUGCAGGCUACUCAGGAUAGUUCAGAAAGUGAAGAAGACGGUGGUCAUCCAGAAAAUCCUAUUGCGCAACAACUUACUGAACAAGCCCAGCGAAUUCAUAGUUCAAAUCCUGUCUUUCCUGCACCAUCGAGUAGUUUAAUCAGGGAAAUGUUGCAAAGGUCACUGGAAGCUCAGUUAGUACUGCCAUAUCUGCACAGACAGUUGCCUGAUUCAGUACAUGCAGCACAGAGAAAACCCGAAGAAACAGACGAAGAAACUUCCGACAGUGAUGAUAAUCAACAAGUUCGCCUGGACCAUCUGCCUGGGACCUUCGAUUCCGCUCAGAAGAAACACAGUUACCCCAGAUACAGUUUCGCAGGUGUUGCCAUUAUUCCUGGAUACCAUGCCAGCACUGGUUAUGACGCUCGCCAUGAUAACAAGAAUUCUGGUGAUAGCAGGGACAAUAGGGAUGACACCAGAGCUUAUAAUGUUUCUUUAUCGAGAUCGAAUUCGCAGUACAGCGACCAGUGGAUUAAACAGCAAGCUACAGCGUUGUGCAGGACGCUAGCAACACAACUUAUGGGGAUACCAAUUCCAAGAGUAAAGUCAUUACGGCCUAACACGGAUAUGCAGGAAGUACAGUCAAGCCGCAGGAAUCCUUCGCAUCAAACUCCCGAUCCAUUAACUUUUGCAGCAAAACCCCCACAUGUGUGA